AUGGGCCGCUUAGAGAAAUUAGCACUAUCACAGGAGGGUAUGCUGAAGGUGGAGCCACAUCGUCGGCCCAAAGGACACGCUCCCGGAAAGCGCAUUACGGAAGUGUUCAGUGCAAAAAGGGAUGUAAGCAGACUGCAACGACGUGUUGGAGGCGUUGCAAUAACCUUUGACCAAAGAGAUGAAGAAGACAUCCUCCACCCGCAUGAUGAUGCAUUGGUGGUAACGAUGCAAGUGGUGAACUUCAGGACCCAGAGGAUCCUGAUCGAUAAUGGCAGUUCAGCUGAUAUCCUAUUUUGGGACACUUUUAUCAAAAUGGGCAUUAACCCAGAUCGGCUACACCCGGCGCCAAUGCCCCAUGAGGACUUCACUGGGGACGUCGUUCAUCCAGUGAGGGUCAUUACUCUCUCAAUCUUGGCAGGAAGGGCGCCCAGAACCGCAACCACUAUGAGCGAUUUCUUGGUUGUCAAGGCCCCAUCUUCAUACAAUGUCAUACUAGGACGCCUCACCCUAAACAGCUUGAAGGCAAUGACGUCUACCUUUCACCUUAAAGUGAAGUUUCCCACCAACUCGGGAGUCGGCGAAAUCCAUGACAAACAGGUCUUGCCACAAGAAUGCUAUGACAAGGAAAUGAGACAUGAGGCAAGAGUCGUGGCGGCCACUGAAGUACCAGAAGAAAGCUCGAGCCCGGAUCAACCCCAGUCUUGA